AUGGCUUCUCUUAAAUAUAUCUCUCAAAAAUCUCUUUUGGGGUCAUUAUCAAAGAGUUUUGGUCAAUUACGAAACUUAUCUUCACUUGAACCCGCGUUCAACCAGUUUCGAACGUCGUCCCAUUGUAAUAAAAGACAUUCAUUUUCCACAACCUCAGUAAAAAGUCUCGCUUCCGUUUCAGACAAAGCAGUCGAUCCUCCACUUCUAGCGGAGCGGCAACAUGAUGAAACGGAUGUUGUAAUUGUGGGAGGUGGGCCCUCAGGUCUUUCAGCCGCCAUCAAAAUAAAACAAUUGGCUAACGCGGAAGGAAAAGAAGUGAGAGUAGUUGUGCUUGACAAGGGAGCUGAAAUUGGCGCACACAUUCUUUCUGGUUGUGUAUUUGAACCACGAGCGUUAGAUGAAUUAAUUCCGGAUUGGAAAGAGCGGGGAGCUCCAUUAAAUCAACCUGUUUUGAAGGAUGAUUUGAGAUUACUUUUCAAAAAAUCAUCUAUUCCACUUCCUCAUCCUCCUAUGUUUAAUAAUAAAAAGAACUUUAUUGUUAGUUUAAGUAACGUGGUUAAAUGGUUAGGGGAGCAGGCUGAAGAAGUUGGCGUGGAAAUUUAUCCUGGAUUUGCUGCGAGUGAGGUAAUUUAUAAUGAAGAUGGUAGUGUACGUGGUAUUGCUACGAAUGAUAUGGGCUUAGAUAAAAAUUUUAAACCAAAAGAUAAUUUUGAGCGAGGUAUGGAAUUCCACGCCAAAGUUACACUAUUUGCCGAAGGAUGUCAUGGAUCACUCACAAAGACAUUGAUCCGAAAGUUUAAUCUUCGUGAUGGUAAACAACCUCAAACCUAUGGUAUCGGUGUUAAGGAGGUUUGGGAAGUUGAUCCCUCUAAGCAUGUUCAGGGUUUGGUCCUUCACACGAUGGGGUGGCCAUUGGAUUACAGAACUUAUGGAGGUGCAUUUCUAUAUACAAUGGAAAAUAAUAUUAUGGCAACUGGCUUUGUGGUAGGCCUCGAUUAUCAAAAUCCUUAUUUACAUCCUUAUAAGGAAUUCCAGAGAUGGAAACAUCAUCCAUCUAUUAAAAAAUUCUUUGAAGGUGCCAAAUGCAUAAGCUAUGGUGCUCGUGCGAUAGUUGAAGGCGGAUACCAAUCUAUUCCAAAAUUAGUAUUCCCUGGCGGUGCAUUAAUCGGAGAUACAGCUGGGUUUCUUAAUGUACCUAAAAUAAAAGGAACUCAUACUGCGAUGAAAUCUGGAAUUCUAGCGGGAGAAGCAGCUUAUAAUGCUAUUAUUAGUUCUGAGCAGUCAUCAACUAACCCUAUUACAUUAACAUCUUAUGAGAAAUCUUUUCAAGAAUCUUGGUUAUGGAAAGAGUUGUAUACAAUCAGAAAUAUAAGACCUUCUUUCAACGGCUCGUUAGGAAUGUGGGGUGGAAUCGCAUACACCGGAGUUGAGUCUCUAUUCUUGAAAGGAAGAGUACCAUGGACAUUCAAACAUCACGCUGACUAUGCUGCUUUGAAACCUGCUAGUGAGUGUAAACCGAUCGAAUAUCCUAAGCCUGAUGGAAAAAUCUCUUUUGAUUUAUUGGAGAACCUUUCGCGAAGUGGCACAGAUCACACAGAAAAUCAACCAGUACAUUUGCGUGUACGUGACCCAAAAUUACCUGUCGAGAGAAAUUUAAAAAUUUUUGGUGGCCCAGAACAACGUUUUUGCCCAGCUGGCGUUUAUGAAUUUGUUGACGAUGAGGCUAAACCUGGUCAGAAAAGAUUGCAAAUCAAUUAUCAAAAUUGUGUUCAUUGUAAAACAUGCGACAUUAAGGACGUAUCACAGAAUAUCGACUGGGUGACACCAGAGGGUGGGAACGGACCCCGUUACGUGUUAACAUAA